AAGGCUGCCGCGCGCAUCGUCAUCAGUUCACUAGUCAGUCGAGGUCGAGGGGCGGACGAGGAGCUGAGGAGAGAGAAGCUUCAAGGAGUUGGGGACUUGGGGGUUGCCGAGCUGUCCGUCUUUCCCCUCCCCUCCACCCACCAGCUACCUCGGGAGGGCAAGGCAAACAUCUGCGGCCUCCUUUCCCGAACCCGGGUUGGAUGGAGCGGGACUUCCUGGCCGCGAUCGGCAAGGAGCAGCAGCACCCGCGCAAGGAGAAGGCAGGCGGAGGCGCGGAGGAAUCAGAGUGUGCGGGCUUGGCUGCCAUGCCUGCCGAAUUCCUUCUGACGGCCGGCCUGCCGUGUACGCUCGAUUCGGGCGAGAGUUAAUGCGUGAAAAGCCACGAUGGAGAGUGGCCGAACCUUUCGGACAGCCGCGCGUGUCGUUAGUUGAUUUCGAGCUGCCUCUGCCUCUGCUUCUGCUUGCUUGCUGGUGGGAAGGACGGGGAUGCUUAACGGAUCCAUCUCUGGCUUACUUCGGGGCAGCAGCCGUCCCGGCGAUGGACUGGUCCUUCGCGAGCAAGCCCUGCGCCGCCCCGGCGCUGAUGUCGUUCCGGUCGGCGGCGAGGGAGGAGCCUUCGUUCCCGCAGUUCUCCGCCUUGGACGGCACCAAGAACACAGCCCCUCGUAUGCUCACGCACCAGAGAUCGUUCGGCCCCGACAGCACGCAGUACGCCGCGCUGCACCGCGCGCAGAACGGGGCUAGAGUCGUUCCGGUCUCGUCGCCGUUCAGCCAGAGCAACCCGAUGUUCAGGGUCCAGAGCUCGCCCAGCCUUCCGAACAGUACCGCGUUCAAGCAGCCGCCUUUCGCCAUCAGCAACGCCGUGGCCAGUUCGACUGUGGGUUCCUAUGGCGGAACAAGGGAUGCGGUGAGGCCAAGGACGGCACAACUGACGAUCUUCUACGCCGGUUCCGUCAAUGUGUUCAACAACGUCUCAGCUGAGAAGGCUCAGGAGCUCAUGUUCCUAGCCAGCAGAGGAAGCUCAGCCCCCGUGGCCUGUAAGCCAGAGGCUCCUCCUACUCUCGCUCCAGCGAAGGUCACAGCGCCUGAGGUUCUUCUGCCUGCGAAGCAGAUGCUGUUUCAAAAACCACAGCAUCUCUCGCCGCCUCCAUCCAGUGUCCCUGGCAUCUUGCAGUCUGCAGCUCUCCCCAGGAGCGCCUCAUCUAGCUCUAACCUUGACUCCCCAGCUCCAAAAUCUUCGGUCCCGUUAGCUGUUCCUCCUGUAAGCCAGGCUCCGCCAGCAACACUGAUCGCCACUACAACUGCAGCAGCAAUAAUGCCUAGAGCUGUCCCUCAAGCUAGGAAGGCGUCCCUUGCUCGAUUCUUGGAGAAAAGGAAGGAAAGGGUGACAACUGCCGCGCCUUACCCAUCAGCCAAGAGCCCACUGGAGAGCAGCGACACGUUCGGCAGCGGGAGCGCCAGCGCCAACGCCAACGACAAGUCCUCGUGCACAGACAUUGCCCUCUCCAGCAACCAUGAAGAGUCCCUGUGUUUAGGGGGGCAGCCCAGGAGCAUCAUCAGCUUCAGCGAAGAGUCCCCCAGCACCAAGCUACAGAUCUGAUCGUGCCGUGCCCAGUGUUCAUAGAUUUGUCCAGGCUGACCGAUGCAGAAAACCAUAAGAAUACUUUUUUCCACUCAAGAGGAAGAGAUUACUAUCGAUGCCGUUGUUGUUUACCGUGAUGCUGUUUUGCCGUGUUAGGUUACUGUACUGCUGGUACAGAUGGUAGUGCCCCCCACCCACCUAACUAACAAGAGAGCUGUCACUUGCAGACUCUUGAUUUUUUUUUGCCAUUUCUCUUGGAAAUGAACUCAGAUGUGUUAUUCUAGCAGUAAUCAAAUUAUACAGGCAUACAAAUUCUGCGCCAUUUGUAUGGCCAAAGUGUAAUACACUUGUUCUUGAAUUAUGAACCUCUCUCAAGCUGCAGAAUGCAAUUCUCGAU